AGAGCUGAUCCCCUAUUGGUUAGGAGAGCCCCAGCGCGUCCAAUCACCGGAGGACUCCUCGGUUCGGAAUGACCCCGCAGCCAAUGGCAGGCGAGAGAGGGGGCGGGUUUGUUUUCGCUUCGGUCCCUCACAAUAUUCUUCCCUGAAGGAGAGAGAGGAGGCUGGAGAGGCUGAAUUAACGAGAAAUUUGUUGAGAAGACAAAACUGGAUUAUCCUUGUGAAACAGAAGAUUCAACGAUGGAGCCUGUCCAUAUUAAACAGGAGAGACCUGUACUAGACUCAGUCCAGAUUAAAGAGGAGAGUACUGUACUAGAAUUAGUCCAUAUUAAAGAGGAGAGUCUUGUACUAGAAUCAGUCCAUAUUAAAGAGGAGAGUCCUGUACUAGACUCAGUCCAUAUUAAAGAGGAGAUUCCUGUCCUAGACUCAGUCCAUAUUAAAGAGGAGAGUCCUGUACUAGAAUCAGUCCAUAUUAAAGAGGAGAGUCCUGUACUAGAAUCAGUCCAUAUUAAAGAUGAGAGUCCUGUACUAGAAUCAGUCCAUAUUAAAGAGGAGAGUCCUGUACUAGAAUCAGUCCAUAUUAAAGAGGAGAGUCCUGUACUAGAAUCAGUCCAUAUUAAAGCGGAGAGUCCUGUACUAGAAUCAGUCCAUAUUAAAGAGGAGAGUCCUGUCCUAGAAUCAGUCCAUAUUAAAGAGGAGAUUCCUGUCCUAGAAUCAGUCCAUAUUAAAGAGGAGAGUCCUGUACUAGAAUCAGUCUAUGUUAAAGAGGAGUCUCAUCAUCCUAACUGUUGUGAAUGCGGGGCAGAUUUCAGACACCAUAGCCCCAUGGAACACCACCUGCGAGUUCUGAAGGUACAGCUGGGUUAUCCUUGUGAAAGGCAGGAUUCAGAUAUGGAGCUUCCUGAACUAGACCCUGUCCAUGUUGAAGAGGAGGGUAACCAUUUUAAAACAAGCAGCUUGCAGGGCUCUCUGUCCUGUACAGAAUGUGGAAAGAGUUUCAGUCAGUUACAAAACCUGAAACUUCACCACAAAAUCCACACUGGAGAGAAACAACAUGUCUGUCCUGACUGUGGGAAGAGAUUCAGACGUUUACAACACCUAAAACUCCACCAGCGAAUCCACACUGGAGAGAAACCGCAUGUCUGUGCUGACUGUGGGAAGAGUUUCAGAUAUUCACAAAGCCUGAAAUAUCACCAGCGAAUCCACAGAACGGUGAAAUCACAUGUCUGUGCUGCCUGUGGGAAGAGUUUCAGUCAGUCAAGCACCUUGAAAACACACAAGAGAAUCCACACUGGAGAGAAACAACAUGUCUGUGCUGACUGUGGGAAGAGUUUCAAUCAUUUAAAAUACCUGAAAGUUCAUCAGAGAAUCCACACUGGAGAGAAACCGCAUGUCUGUGCUGACUGUGGGAAGAGAUUCAGUCAGUUAAAAAACCUGAAAAAUCAUCAGAGAAUCCACACUGGAGAGAAACCACAUGUCUGUGCUGACUGUGGGAAGAGAUUCAGUCAGUUAAAAAACCUGAAACUUCACCAGCGAAUCCACACUGGAGAGAAACCGUAUUCCUGUGCUGACUGUGGGAAGAGUUUCAAUCAGUCAGACCACUUGAAAAGACACCAGCGAAUCCACACUGGCGAGAAACCAUAUGUCUGUGCUGACUGUGGGAAGAGUUUCAGACUGUCAAGCGAUUUGAAAAUUCACCAGCGAAUCCACACUGGAGAGAAACCACAUGUCUGUGCUGACUGUGGGAAGAGUUUCAAUCAGUCAGGCCACUUGAAAAGACACCAGCGAAUCCACACAGGAGAGAAACAACAUGUCUGUGCUGACUGUGGGAAGAGUUUCAGACGUUUACAAAACCUGAAAUAUCACCAGCGAAUCCACACUGGAAGAGAAACCGCAUCCGUGUCAUAAAUGUGAAAAAAGUUUAACCCGCGCUCAGAAAUUCCAGUCGUUUUAAACAGCAGCGUAAUAUAGAAUCUGUGAGAUCUCUGGUGAAUGUCUACAGAUGAUACAGAUUCAUCAAUAUUAAACACAGUGCUCUGAAGCCGUUACAUUAUAAAGUACAUUCUUAGUUUGCAAUCCGUUGAAUAUACAGACACCUCGCAGCGUUGUGUGAUACGAGGUGAAGCCGAGUGCCUCCAACCCCUGAGAAGUCUGUAUAUUCAACAUAUACUGUGUGGGAAAAAUUCAUAGUUGUAAUUGAAUGUACUUUGUAAAAUGACAUUUCAAAUCUUAAACUAUGAGGCUUAAGAUGCUGUGAUGUUAAUUAAGUGUGUCUUCCCCCAGCUUUCUCCCAUAACACUCGAGAUCUGCUUCAAAGGACUGGAUAUUAGCAACAGAGGGUCGUAAAGAUUUAAAUUGGUUUCAGUUCAGAUUACCUGCCAGUCUGAUCUAAACAAACAGAGCUGAUUCUUAUCUGUUAAUUAAGAAAGUUUGUCUGAAAGCCAGGAUACAACUUCCUAUGAAGGGUUAAGAAUUGCGACACCUGGUGGAUACAAGGCGCCAUGACUUUCAACCCAUGAAAUGAAUUGUUAUCCUGAAACAUAAGUGAAUGAAACUGACAUUUUUAUCCUUCUGUGAUCAAUAUAACUAGCUAGCAGAAAAUGAAGUUUUGUUCUAUACAUAUUUCGAAUCCUGUUCUCUCUCUCUCUCUCUCUCUCUCUCUAUGGAGGAGGGUCGCUCCCUGUGUUAAUGAAGCGUCCUUCAAACUUUGUAAGCCAAUGAAAGGACUGAUUUCGGUCAGGGAUUCGCUUCCUGUUUUACCCGGAAGUCAUUGGAUCUCCAAAGUAAACUCCUCUUUGGGCGCUAUAUUUAAAUCAAAACAUGCAUGAACUAGUUCUCUUGGAUUCAGACUCAUCUCGCCAUGAAGUAACCAUUGAGCCUUCGCUUGCAAUGGGGACCCAUCCAAGCAUCGUACGUAUCUUCAUCCUGAAGAAGACUCCUCGCCGCUACAUCCUGCAACUCCACAUGUUACAAAGAAGACAACUGCAUUCCAACAAGGACCACGUCUCCAGAAUAAGUGUUACGAUUCAAAGACUUUGAGAGUAAAAUACUGUGUUUGUGUAGAAAAAUCUACAUGCAAACCAGAAGUAAAAACAUUGAACUCAGAGUAACACUUUGUGAGAUUAAAAACACAAGCGAUUCUACUCUGAACAAUUGAAACCAGAUAAGACUUUCACUGCACGUCAGAACCAUUGAAACAUUGAUUGAGUUUAUCUACAAGUUCUGAAGUAACUCUAGAUUACAGCUUCAUACUAAAUGCAAUUGAAGCUGCUUCCCAACUGAACUUGUUGAAACAAAAAUGUUUGGGGCAGCAGUGUAGAGUAGUGGUUAGGGCUCUGGACUCUUGACCGGAGGGUCGUGGGUUCAAUCCCAGGUGGGGGACACUGCUGCUGUACCCUUGAGCAAGGUACUUUACCUAGAUUGCUCCAGUAAAAACCCAACUGUAUAAAUGGGUAAUUGUAUGUAAAAAUAAUGUGAUAUCUUGUAACAAUUGUAAGCCGCCCUGGAUAAGGGCGUCAGCUAAGAAAUAAAUAAUAAUAAUAAUAAUAAUAAUAAUAAUAAUAAUAAUAAUAAUAAUAAUAAUAAUAAUAAUAAAAAUGGCGUCUUCAUUCGAACCCACACAACAGACGCUGCUUCACCCCGUCACUGUGUGUAAUGUGCGUGAAUCCUGCGUGUGCGUGUACGGAAACACACUGAAGACAGCGUGCUCAUGAAAAUAUGUGUUUCAGUGUUUGAUUCCUGCUGUACUUAUAAUUCUGAUACCUUGAUUUAUAACUUGUCAUUUUUUAACUGACAGAUCAGCUGCUAACCUUUAUUAAUGUUUUAUAUAAUUAAUACAACUAUAAUCUGUGUGCUUGUUUUAAAUAAAAUAAUCUCAUGUUUUCAUGUA